CUUCACCGGCAUUUCACGAAGCCGCCCCUGUUGGGUCCUCGCGCGGGGCCUUCGUCAACGUGGGUGACGCGAAAAUGCGAAGUUGUUUUGAAGCUGUGUGUAUUCAGCAGAACGGGGACAUGGUCGUUGAAUUGAAGAGGAAAAAAGAAGGAAGUUUGAGAAUAACGGAGGAACGUGAGUUACCAUGAUGCCCGGGGACAGUCAGUCUAAAACUGUGGCCAUAGCUGCGGACGCGACGGUGGGAAACUGUCAGAACUGCUCCGUUCUGAACCAGAGCCUGACCGAGUACGUGUCCUCCUUCCUGGCACUGAAGCAGAAGAUAACUGUCUCAGAUGACUCUAUCAGACUUCAACAGCAGCUGGAGGAGCUGCAGAUCAGAUUGGUUACACUGGAGAAAAAGACUGUUGAUUAUGAAUCUAUGCAAGCCGAGCUGGAAGAAAAGAAGUGUGCUCUGACGGCCUAUGGACAGCUUUCUGAAGAGAUGGAAAAACUGAAGCAUGAAAACAGCAAGACAGUAGCAGAGAACAAGAAGCUUGAAGGGCAGCUAAAGCAUGAGAAAGAACUGACCGAAACACAGUCCCUUGAGAAUGCACAGCUGAAGAGGGAAAAGGCAGAAGUAGAGAAUGAUCUAUUAAAAACACAGAUGUCUUUGAAGAAAUCUCAGGCACAAGCAGAUCAAGUUGAAAAGCUAACAGAGGAGAAUAUCAAGAUAACAAGCAUAAAGGGCAACCUUGAAAAUAACAUCAGAGUGCUUGAAGACUCAGUUUUCAAACAGAAUCAUCAGAUAUCCGAACUGACCAAAAAGAAGAUCCUGCUGGAGAGAAACAUUAAUGAUCUUCAGGCGAGACUGUUGAAACUUGAAAGAGAAAGGAUUAAAGACUAUAGGAGCACAUCAACUCAAGCAAGUCCCCAACAGGAGCAUAAAGUCGACAAAGAAAAAGUCCUGAUGCUGCUCGAGAAUUUGUGGGCAUGUGUGGAACCUCAACAGCAGCACACACACAAUCAGUUGCACUUAACUGGUGACACAUCAUUAAAGUCCUGCUCCAACUCCAAGCAGGUUGGACCCUCAACUCCACAACGCAGACUGAACUCUCAUCGGAGUUUCAUGUCUCAGUCCACCUCUGACAACGACGUGGGAUCUCACUGUCACACGAUGCAAACGAAAACCUCCUACACACAGUUAAAAACUUCUCCUCCUGCCCAGAAAACCAUCAAGCACCAAGUGUCUCCUCAGCGCUCAGGUGGCAAGAAGCAAAGAGACUCUCCUAAAAAGAGCAAGCGAUUAUCCAAGGAAAACAAAACUGAGGAGUCGUUGUCGGACAUAGGAAGCUCUGGAGUUUCUGUUGAGGAGAUCCUGGAGAUGUUUAAACCGAUGACUGCCUGCAUAUCACCAUUAUCAGACUCGGAUAAAGAGAUGGAGUCUAUGGAGACGGAUGACGGAGAAAGGGGAAACCAUCCCAGAACCUCUGAGGACCCCGCCCCUCUACAACAAGAAGCGUCCAUACUCACAACUUCAGUGUCCGACCACCGUCCAAACCUUUGUGCACCUCCAGUAGAAGAGAAUGGGGAUUUGCCAGUUGUCACAGAACCUGAAGUGGAACACAUUUCUGAUGAAAAUGACUCUAAAGAUUUGGGGCAGUUGAACAGUGUCACUGAAAUGAAGGAGAAAAUCAGUACGGAUGGUGAAGAAAUGGAUCUUCUAAAAGACGAGCAGACUGAGCAGGACGCAGCAACAGUGCAAACACAGUCAACGUUGUCAUCUUCUGUUUCUGCCACAUCACAUAAUACAGUUCUGGUGGAGUUUGUCUCGUCAGCAAGUGAAAGUCAACAACCAUCCUGCAGCAGAAGUCCCUGUCACAAUUUUACCACUGACAUCACUGAAACUGAAAGUGUUCCAGAAAAGGCAAAGGAAGAUCGGUCAGAGACUGUCACAGUGAUGGAUGUAGAUGUAGACGUUAGUGAUAGUCCCGGGGACAAAACAGUCGCUGCUGAUGCUGGAAAGUCACCCAGAGGAAAUGAUUGCACAGCAGCUCCAGGAGAUUCACAGCAAGGUGCUUCCUCAACAUUCACAGACUUUGUGAAGGACACUGAGGUUUCAUACACGGAUGAUCUCUUAGAGGUUGAACAAAAUCAUGAGGACUCUUGUUUUUUGACUCAGAGCCGUGAGGUGGCCUCUGUCGUAAAGACCCAGGAGAUUAAAUCUGCACCCGAAGAUGAUAACAUUUGUACGUCAGGCAGGAGUGACAGCUUCAGUAGUGUCUCAAAUGAGAAAGUUAAAGAGAAGCUUGAAAACAAUGGAUCCAUCAAACAUAUUGAGGUAGAACAUAGUAAUGAUGAACAAACAACCGAAAGAGUUGAUGAAAUUCUUCAUUCUUUCACUCAAUCACCUCAGAUAUGUUCACGGUUAAAGAUGGAAGAUGCAGACGAGGUUCAAACCGGCCAGAAUUCUGACAUAGUUAAUGUUGAAACUCCAGAAGAGAACUUUGAAAUAGAGACAUUGAACAAAGAAAUAACGUCCGAUCAUGAUUAUUCCCUUUCUGUGUCCGAAGAGACGUUGACUGUAGACUGUGAGUCUUUAAAGGAAAAUAGACAUUCUCUGUGCAGGCAGUUGAGUCCUACAUGUCUGAUACCCACUGUUAAACUGCAGGUUUUGAACACUCACUCAAACAUAGGAAAGUUGAGUGUGGAUGUUGAGCACGUUUCAGCAAACAACAAAGCUGUUCCCGAUUCAGAGGAGCAAGGUGUGAUUGAAACUGCUGUCGUCAAAGACGCCCCUCAGGACAGAAUCAUCACAAGGAGCACUACCUCGUUAAUACAGAGCGCAGCUGCCACGAAAAGGCAGAAUAAAGUUUUGGAGCCUUGUUCAAGAGCGCUUGAAAAACAAAGUCACCCGGCAGCAGCUAUAUCUACAGCUGCACAUCAACCACAGCAAUGCUUAGGCGAAGUUCGCUCUGAGAUGGGCCCCCCACUUCCUCCUCUCCUCACCCCUCUGAGCACACCCCCAAAAACAGGUAAAUCAAUCAGUCCCCGGCAGGCUAUUGGGAAACUCUUAUUUCCCUCACCCAUGGAUAGGCUGGCUUCUCCCACCACUCCUGUCCUGAGACACAGGACACCUAACAGUCGCCAUCUCAGGUCUUCAACCUCGAACAGUCCGCUCCCUUCAAAUGGAGUCCCUUCAUCGCCGCUUCAGUUCGGCUCUGCCACGCCAAAACACGCCGUGCCGGUCCCGGGUCGCCUGCCCGUGACAGCCAUGAACUCCUCCCCUUCCUCCUCCAGUCCGUCUCAGGAAAACUCCAUGAGAAUUCUCGACACCAUGUAUCCAGAGAUGUCCGCCCGCGCCAGAACUCUGAGCAUCCUCAGAGGGAACGUUAGUCUUAGCAGGUGCUCAUCGGAAAACGGGACGUUACCCACGACAUCUGACGGUCAGAUGUCCGGCUUCAAGACCAUCAACUCCACCUCGACGGCCUUCACCAAGACUGAGAUGAGAGGAGAAAAAAGACAGGCCACCAGUUUGCUUGAGCCCAAAAACAGUAAAUGUUGCAGGCUUGACAGCCACUCUCCCACCUCCAGUCUUCUGCAGGUGCCCUCCUGCUCAUCAAACAGUGGAGAAGAAACCACCUCACCCCAGAGUUUGAAGCUUGAACAGCUCAAAAAUCCACCUCAGUCCAUGGACAGUGAAGAAACUGCAGAGCAAAAUCCAUAUGAUGCUUUAAAGAAAAUUGAAAAACAGUGUUUUGAUGUAUUGCCUGUGAUCCAGAGCCAUAUCCACGUUGGUAACCUCCCCAAAAAACCUGUCUUGAGGGAUGAAGAAAAAGAGCUCAUCUCUGAGAUUUGCCACAGCAGCUUGCUCAAGGAGGAUGAUAUGAUUUCAGCCAUUCUGCACAAACUAAAAACUGAGAAGAGGGACCUCAGCACAAACUACAUGCAGGCUCUCUGUAGAGUCUACACAGGCAUCUGUAGACAGAAGAGAGACUGGGAGAUGGCCCACAUCCUGGCGUACAGCAUUCUCACAGAAGAUUUCCCAGAUUCUGCCAAGCUGAUUUUGUUCAUGGUGACAACAUGGCCCAGUCUUCUCUCACACAGCAGCUGUUUGUGCCAGGCCAUACACACUGUCACCAAACUGAAAGCACAAGAAGAGAUUCUCAGUUCACUUUCAGCAUUUCUCGGCUGGGAGAAGAAUCCUCCUUGUGAAAUCGACGAGCUGAUCUCCAGAGUGCUGUCUGAUAUCCGUUCAGGGUCAGAUGGGUCUUUCACCAAACACAGUCGGUUCGGCUGGGACCUGGGGACUCAGGCAUGGGAACAUGUCUUCACACUGCACCUCCUCUGUACUCACAAAAAGUGGAAGUGGACCUAUGAAAAUGUAUUAGGUAAAGAGUUGUGGCCAUUAAUGAACACAUGGGUCACACAGCCCAGAGAUCAACAAGCACCCAUUUCAGAUCUGUCUGUCGCCACUGUGCUCCGACUCAUAGGAUGCAUCUGCCAGCUGGGAAUGAAAGAGAAGUGUGUGUCCUCUGUGGUAACUGUCGCCAAUGUCAUCAACACGUUUGGUCGACAUGGACAGAAUGAAGGUGUGCCUUGGGAGGUCCAGCUAGCAGCAGUGUACUGCAUGUACGAACUGUCGCCCAGCAACCCAAAACAAGCCCUGGACGCCCUUGCAGAGUGGAGAGGAGAGACGACUCAGAGCGUCCCCCCUGCUGUCACUAGCUACAUUAACCAGUUAGCCUCCAUCUGCCGACAAGUCAAGAGCUGAAGGGGACACAUGUCAGAGAAAGUAAUGUGGACAUGCAUGUCUAUAGACGGGAGAAUGAAGACGCCACCAUACAUCUCUCUAUUCAUAUAACCUCCCUGACUGGCUGCCGGUGAUCGAGGUGUUUGGAUCCAUGAACAGUCACAUCUUAUAUUGAAAAGGCUUCCUAAACAUGUUCUGUUUCUGUCUUUUAUGAACACUUAGUAACUGCUCCAACUUUGUAGUAAAUGUUUCCUCAAUUUUUAAUGACACACAUAGAAUUUGGUUUUCAAGUUUUUUUUUAGCUGUCCACAACCUGUUCCAUAUAACUUCCUCCCUGUCUACUAUUCUCAGGUAAUGCUCUGAAAAUAUUGUAAAAUGUGUACAUUUGUAUUCUGACUCAACUGGGUGCUGCUGUAAAUCUUUCGACAUCCAUUGUUUUGUAAAUAUAAUGUGCUUUGUAGUAAUGAAAGUAAGAUGGUAAACAUUUUGUACAGUUAAAAGAUUCAGAGCUUAUUUAAGUCUUUUUUUUUUUUUUUC